AGCUUGAUCAGCGACUUAUUCGGGGUUAGAUACAGCAUAUCUCACCUUCUUGACCUCAAACCGCUUCUUGUCGCCCUCUGCGCCGGCACCUGCCUUAGGGGCCUUCGCCUUGGGGGGCGCAGGAGCAUCUGUCAUGGGCACGUCCGCCAUGGUGUUGAUGUGUAUGCGCGAACGUGGGGAUGCGGGGAGCUGCUUGUAGGUUCCCGGCAAGCACGAUGCGGUGGCUGUUGGUGCAGGUUGAUUGUCGAGGUCGAUUUCGGGCGCAGAGAUGUGUACGGUUAGGCGGUAGCUUUCGUGACUGUGGUGCGAGGGUGGCGCGGUGUGAAAGUCGAUGUGAAGGCUACCGGUGGUGCCUACCAGCUAUGAACGCGCCAAGCCCCGCUCUUGCCUGGGACCGGGGAUAUGUCAUAAACACAGUUUGGUUAUUCCAGCGAGAGCACAAGAUUCAUUUGGUUACCAACGCCUUCCAUAAAGACAUAUUGUGUUUACGUACGCUGCUCCCAAGCAGAUACGCGUUUCUGCGCUGUUCCAACUGUAUCUCAGCCCUACACCGCAAUCAGGCGCCGUCGCCACGCUCGGUCUUGGCCGUAGGGAGAAACAAGGCGUUAGCGGACUUCAUUCACGCUUGCGACAUCACAACACCCCUCCUUUACCUGCAACACUUUCUCCGAACCACACGGUCCAUUUCCAUCAUUACUCUCGACAAGUGGAUAUGAGCUCUUCAAUCUCCAGACAUCUAGCCACAGCUCUAUACGCCCCCACGAACACUGUCUCGUCAUCCCGACCCACAUCAUCCGUCACUCAGC